GUAGGAUGCCGAUGAUAGUCGUUCUCAGUCAGGGACAUGUCCAUGACUCGUUCUUGACGGUGCCCAAGUGUGGCAACUCUUCCCCCAAAAAUAUCUCUACAAAGAUCUGAAUCUAUUUAUCUAUAAGUGAAUUAAAAGUGUCGCAUUAUUGGUGCAAUUAUCAACUCAUGAAGAGUUCAAUUAGGACGCAGAACAUGAAGUUUCUGCGCUAUCCAGGUUUACUGUUAAUUCUGCUUUUGAUGAUGGCAAAUUGCCAGGCCGGAAUAUUUAGUGAUAAAACAAAAAACUUGUUUGGACUUUUUGGUAAUAAACCACCUCACUCUGAUAAUUCACCUGCUCCUUGCUACUGUAGUUGUGGGCUACGAAAUGAAGAAAGUCGUAUAGUUGGUGGUCAAACAACGAGUAUGAAUGAAUUUCCAUGGAUAGCCAGAUUAUCGUAUCUAAACAAGUUUUAUUGCGGCGGAACAUUAAUAAAUGAUCGCUACGUCCUUACAGCCGCGCAUUGUGUGAAGGGUCUUAUUUUCAGAUUCAUGUGGUUCAUGAUCAAGGUUACUUUCGGAGAACAUGACCGAUGUCUCGAAAAGCCAACGGAAACCAGAUACGUGGUACGUGUAAUGACCGGUGAUUUUAGUUUUCUGAAUUUCGACAAUGAUAUCGCACUACUUCGUCUCAAUGAAAGAGUGCCAUUGAGUGAUACGAUACGGCCGAUAUGUUUGCCAUCAUUGUUGGAUAAUCAAUACGUAGGGGUAAAUGCAAUCGCGUCAGGUUGGGGCACAUUGAAAGAAGAUGGCAAACCGUCCUGCCUUCUCCAGGAAGUCGAAGUUCCAGUCAUGAGUCUUCAGGAAUGCCGCAAUACCAGCUAUAGUCCCCGAAUGAUCUCGGACAAUAUGAUAUGCGCGGGUUACGUAGAAGGAAAGAAGGACUCAUGUCAAGGAGACAGUGGUGGACCCCUUGUAACGGAACGUGAAGACAAGAAGUAUGAACUCAUUGGCGUCGUGUCGUGGGGUAAUGGAUGCGCUCGACCUGGUUAUCCAGGUGUGUACACAAGGGUCACACGGUAUAUGGAUUGGAUUUUGAAGAAUUCAAAGGACGGCUGUUUCUGUGAGCACAACUGAAUGUGAUUACUCAGCGCUCCUUAAUGGUAGAUACGAUGAAAAGCAAACAAAAGGAUAUUUGCAUUCUUUGCCUUAUGUUCUUUGAACCUGUGCUAUAUUCUCAGGAUAAAAAUGAUAUUUCGUUGACGAUAUUUUUAAUGCAUAAUUUAUAUAUCUGGCAAUGAUUAUGAAUAAUAUUGUGUUAGUCUCGAAGCUGAUGAAUGGAUAAAAUACUCUGAACAUUUUUAUAAUAUUAUUUUCUCAUUUUCCAUUCUCGAUUUAUUAUUAUUAUUUUCUGUCGUUUGUAUCUAGCUAUUAUAUAAGCAAUAUAGGCAAUCAAUGUAUAAAUACAAAUAAUGUUACAGAGAAAUAUAAUUGUAAUGUUAAUUACGUUACCAGAAAAAAUUUUUGUGGGAAUAAUAUUAUAUUGUAUAAUUAUUUUAUUAUUGCUCAAAUAUAGCCAAAGGCUAAAAUACUCCAUUUUACUAUCAAGAUAAAUAAGUAAGAUUGAGAUUGUAGAUUUAAGCUAUUAGUGUUAUAUCUUUUAUGAAAAAUGUUUAUUAUUAGAAUACUUUAUAUAAAAAUGUAAUAAAAAUUUGAAUAAA